CGGUCGGCUCGAGCUAAAUGCGCCACAGCAAGUUGUGAAGCAGCACAGUGUACAGAGAGGUCGUCGGAUUCGCCAAGCUUUCGCUGUAGUUCGGUGGGGGGAAAAAUACCUUGACAAAACAAAUUUCAGUUACACAACAUGGUGAAACUCGCUUUCAACUCCGCUCUCGGACAGAAGGAUUUAAAAAAGGAGGAGAAGGAUGAAGCUUUGAUCCCUCAGGAUGUGGACUUGGAGGAUGGUCUGCGUAUCAGGCAACAGUCCAGGGCCUGGUGCUGGUGCAUGUGUUUGGGUCUGGCCCUCAUUCUGUCUGGCGUGGUUGUGGGCGGAGCUUACCUGUACAGGUAUUACUUCAUAGAGGAGGAGAGGAUGUAUUUCUGCGGGGUGAACUACCGUGAGGAAAAUUACAAGAUGCAGGACAGCCAGGAGGAAACUGACAUGGAUAUGCCAGCCGCAUCCAAGAGGAUUGAGGAGAGAGUGAGGGUUCUGGAGGACGAGGGGGUGGAGCUCAUUAACAUCCCAGUGCCCAAGUUCAGCGACAGCGACCCUGCUGACAUCGUUCAUGACUUCAACAGGAGACUGACAGCCUAUCUGGAUCUGCGUCUGAACAAAUGCUACGUCAUUCCUCUCAACACUUCUGUCGUGAUGCCGCCCAAAGACUUCCUGGAGCUUCUUGUCAACAUCAAGGCUGGAACAUACCUGCCUCAGUCCUACCUGGUGCGUGAACAGAUGAUAGUGACCGGGAAGUUGGAGCAUGUGGAUCAGCUGGGUUACUUCAUCUACGGCCUCUGCAGAGGGAGAGACACUUACAAACUGGAGCACAGAGAGGCCGUUUUUGGUAUCCAGAAGCGAGAGGCUCUCAACUGCCACAAGAUUCUCCACUUUGAGAACAAGUUUGUGGUGGAGACUCUUAUCUGUGAGCCGUAGGGGGGUGGUGAAGACAGCUGGGUAACAAGAUAAAACCACUUUUGACAAAUUUCACUCUGACCCUUCCUCUCCUUCCAUUAAACCUCUUCCUGUUUCCCCUGUUAGUGUGCGCGCGUGUGGGUGUGUGUGCUGCUCUCAGAUUUGUUUCCCUGUAUAGCAACAAUCAAUAUUGCAGAGAGAGAAUGAGACUGAAUGCCAAGAGCAAUAUAAUGCGUAGAAACAUUUGUGUGUAGGCAAACAUUUGGACCAGUUUCUCUCUCAGUAAACAUUUUUCUGUGUCUGGGUUUCUGUUAAGCGGGGAGCUCAAAGUCUCCAACAGGGUGUGUGGGAUGUAACGGAUGAAAAUAACUAGUACCAAGUUGACCAUGGGAGAGGGAAGGACUCGCAGAGGAGAAAUGUACAAUGAAAUCUAUAAAAGAUGCACUAAAUGUUUAGUGUUCAUUUAGAACUGUUACAGAUACCAGAUUAUAUACUGGAAAUAUAUUUGACUAGGGAUUUGUGAUAUAUGGCCAAUUAUUACAUGUAAGAAAUACACAUAGAAUUGAUUUUUGUACUAGUUACACUUUAGUCUAGAUUUUUAUUUUAAACGACAGAUUUUGCUCUGCUGUAAGUUAAUACACUGCUAAAACAUCCUAUUGUAGAGAAGUAAAAUCUAGGAUCAAAUCUAGACGAUGCAAAACAUUUUUAAAAUCAAAAAAAAAAAAAUCCAAUUCUAAUGAGUUAAAUCAAAUGUGUAACUAUUAUGUCAUUUAGGGGCUGCCGAGGUAUUGGGUGUAGACUGAUGGAUGAAUUCUGUAAAGAUUGUUUAAAUUGACUAAAAUGUCUACCAGUUCAACAUGAGUUGGAAUGAUUUAUACUUUGCACAUAACCCAAAAGGUUUUAAUGUUAAACAUAUUAAUACUAAUAAAAAUUUGACCAGUCCG